AUGAAACUCUUCAAGUCCAGCACCCCUGAGCAGCAGCUGGCCUCCCUGAGGUCUCAGAAGUGUGAGGUCAAGUGCGAGGCGGAGCACAUCCAGCCGCUGCCGGGCAAUGCGCGGGUGGAUCCCUGCCGAGUGCAAGGGCCUGCUGAGACCCAGAAGGUUGCCCAGAAGAUCAUCGAGGGCAAGACCCCCACACCCACAGAGGUGGUGAAUUACUUCAACAAUGAGCUGAAGAAGCGGAUUUGCUUCCUGGACGGAGGCAUGGGCACGCGCAUCCAGGCAGAGCAGCUGGAAGAGGCGGACUACCGCGGUGACCGCUUCAAGGACUUUGCCGAGAAGGAUGCCAACGGCAUUCCCGUGUCCCUGAAGGGCAACAACGACCUUCUGAUUUUCUCCAAGCCAGACAUGAUUAAGGACAUCCACAAGGAGUACUUUAUGGCUGGCUCCGACAUUUGCGAGACCAACACCUUCAACGGCACGACCGUGUCACAAGGCGAGUACAAGAUGCAGGCAGUUGUGCACGAGAUGAACAAGACGGGAGCUGAGUUGGCAAAGAAGGCGGCAGCAGAGGUGACAAAGCAGGAGCCUCACAAGCCCCGCUUUGUUGCAGGCGCCGUCGGACCAACCAGCCGCACCUUGUCCGUGUCGCCUAGUGUGGAAGAUCCGUCCUUCCGGAAUGUCACCUGGGACGAGUUGGUAACCACGUACAAGGAGCAGGUGAGCGGCCUGGUGGACGGCGGUGUGGACUUGCUCAUGAUUGAGACCGUUUUUGACACCCAGAAUUGCAAGGCUGCCAUCUACGCUGUGGAUGAAUACUUCCGGGAGACCAAGAAGGAGAAGCUGCCGGUGAUGCUGAGCGCCACCAUUGUGGACAACAGUGGCCGAACGCUUUCCGGGCAGACCAUCGAGGCAUUCUACGUUAGCGUCAAGCACGCCAAUCCCUUCACCGUCGGCAUCAACUGCGCCUUGGGAGCUGCGCAGAUGAAGGGCUUCUACAAGAAGCUUGCCGACAUGAACUCCGGCUGGUGCCAUGUCUACCCCAAUGCCGGCCUGCCAAACGCCAUGGGAGGCUACGAUGAGGAUCCCGAGAUCUUCUCGACGAACAUCUUGGACUAUGCCAAGGACGGCAUCCUAAAUUUCGUGGGCGGCUGCUGCGGCACUUUCCCCUCCCACAUCGCCGCUGUGUGCAAGAAGGUUCAGGACUGCCCGGUGCGAAAGCUUCCCGAGCUGCCCAAGUAUCCCUCCAUGAUGCUGUCCGGAUUGGAGCCCUGCCACGUGACGGAGGAGGCUGGCUUCCAGUGGGUGGGCGAGCGAUGCAACCUCAUGGGCUCUGCUAAGUUCAAGAAGUUGGUUGACGCUUACAAGUGGGACGAGGCCUUGGAAGUAUGCGUCGCCCAGUGCGAGAAGAAGUCCGACAUUCUGGACUUCAACUUUGACUCUGACCUCAUCGACGGCCAGUCAGCCAUGGGCAAGUUCAUGAAGCUGUGCGUGACGGAGCCUACAAUUGCCAAGCUGCCGUUCAUGAUCGACUCCUCCAAGUGGCCUGUGGUGGAGGAAGGCCUGAAGUGCGUGCAGGGCAAGUGCAUUGUGAACUCUAUCUCCCUGAAGCCUGGUGAGGAGGAGUUCUUGAAACAUGCUGAUGCAUGCAUGCGCUACGGAGCUGCAGUGGUGAUCAUGGCAUUCGACGAGAAGGGCCAGGCUGCCACGUUUGAGGACAAGAUCAGGAUCUGCCAGCGCAGCUACAAGCUGUUGCGCGAGAAGCUUGAUUUCCCGCCAGAGGACAUCAUCUUUGAUUGCAACGUGCUGACGAUCGCUACAGGCCUGCCGGAGCACAACAGCUAUGGCAUUGACUUCAUCAACGCUGUCGCUGAGAUCAAGCGCACCUGCCCCUGCGUGUCCUUCUCCGGCGGCUUGAGCAACCUGUCCUUCUCCUUCCGAGGGCUGAACUCCUUGCGCGAUGCCAUGCACAGCGUCUUCCUGCACCACGCCGUGCCCAAGGGCCUGAACAUGUCCAUCGUCAACCCGGGCGGACUCCCGCGCUAUGAGGACAUCGAUCCCAAGACCCGCAAGCUGACCGAGGAGGUCAUCCUCAACAAGUCGGAGGACGGCAACCACGUGGAGCGGUUCCUGGACUAUGCGGAGCAGGUGAAGAACCCCCCUGCCGCCGCACCGGCGGCUCCAACUCUGAAGAUUCAGAAGUCCACGCCGGAGCAGCAGGUGGAGUUCCUGCGCUCCUUGAAGGAGAGAGGUUUCCUGCGAGGCAGAGCACAUCCAGCCACUGCCGGGUUGCGCCCGGCUGGACCCCUGCCGUGUGGAAGGCCCCGCGGACACCAAGAAGGUUGCCCAGAAGAUCAUCGAGGGCAAGACCCCCACACCCACAGAGGUGGUGAAUUACUUCAACAGUGA